AUGGGUGACAUGACAAACAGCGAUUUCUAUACCAAGAACCAAAGAAACGAGGCCAACCAUGCAGGAGAGUUUGGGUGCUCGCUGGAGGAGCUGCGCUCCCUCAUGGAACUCAGAGGAACAGAAGCAGUAGUAAAAAUUAAGGAGACGUAUGGGGACACAGAGGGCCUCUGCAGGCAUUUAAAGACAUCACCAACAGAAGGAUUACCUGGCACUGCUGCGGAUCUAGAAAAAAGAAAGCUUAUUUUUGGGCAAAACUUUAUACCUCCAAAGAAGCCAAAAACUUUCUUACAGCUAGUUUGGGAAGCACUACAGGAUGUGACUCUUAUAAUCUUGGAAAUUGCAGCCAUCAUAUCUCUGGGGCUCUCAUUUUAUCAGCCGCCUGGAGAAGGGAAUGAAGGUUGUGCUACUGUAUCAGGAGGAGCUGAAGAUGAAGGUGAGGCAGAAGCUGGCUGGAUUGAAGGUGCCGCUAUUCUACUCUCUGUUGUUUGUGUUGUACUCGUCACUGCCUUUAAUGACUGGAGCAAGGAGAAGCAAUUUCGUGGGCUUCAAAGUCGUAUUGAGCAGGAACAGAAAUUUACUGUGGUCCGAGGUGCACAAGUUAUUCAAAUCCCAGUGGCAGAGAUAGUAGUUGGUGACAUUGCACAGGUUAAAUAUGGUGAUCUCCUGCCCUCUGAUGGGAUUUUCAUUCAAGGAAAUGACCUUAAAAUUGACGAAAGUUCUUUAACUGGAGAGUCAGAUCAAGUCCGCAAAUCUGUUGACAAGGACCCUAUGCUGCUAUCGGGUACCCAUGUCAUGGAGGGCUCUGGGCGAAUGCUCGUAACCGCUGUGGGAGUGAAUUCUCAGACAGGCAUCAUCUUUACUCUAUUAGGGGCUGGUGGAGAAGAGGAGGAAAAGAAAGAUAAGAAAGGUAUGAAAAAGGAGGAUGGACAUCAGCUUCCAGCUACAGAUGGUGCAGCAGGUGCAAAUGCCACUGAUAAUGCAAAUGCCAGCUUAGUCAAUGGCAAAAUGCAGGAUGGGAAUAUGGAGAACAGCCAGAAUAAAGCCAAGCAGCAGGAUGGUGCUGCUGCCAUGGAGAUGCAGCCACUGAAGAGUGCAGAAGGAGGAGAGGGAGAUGAAAAAGAAAAGAAGAAGUCUAGCAUGCACAAGAAAGAGAAAUCUGUCCUCCAGGGAAAGCUGACCAAACUAGCCGUCCAAAUAGGCAAAGCAGGUUUGGUCAUGUCUGCCAUUACUGUAAUAAUUUUGGUACUGUACUUCGCUGUUGACACUUUUGUUGUCAACAAGAAGCAGUGGUUGCCCGAGUGCACUCCUGUUUAUGUUCAAUAUUUUGUCAAGUUCUUCAUCAUCGGUGUUACUGUGCUCGUGGUUGCUGUUCCUGAAGGACUUCCACUUGCUGUCACUAUUUCUCUGGCUUAUUCUGUUAAGAAAAUGAUGAAGGAUAACAAUCUGGUCCGCCACUUAGAUGCUUGUGAGACUAUGGGUAAUGCUACGGCCAUCUGCUCUGACAAAACAGGGACACUUACAACCAACAGGAUGACAGUAGUACAAGCCUACGUUGGUGAUGCCCACUACAAAGAGAUCCCUAACCCAGAUUCUAUACCAAGCAAAACCCUCGAUUUGUUGGUUAAUGCAAUUGCCAUCAACAGUGCUUAUACUACAAAAAUUCUGCCACCAGAAAAGGAAGGUGGCCUGCCUCGUCAGGUUGGCAACAAGACAGAAUGUGGCCUAUUGGGGUUUGUCCUGCAACUGAAGCAAGAUUACCAGCCUGUUCGGAAUCUAAUCCCUGAGGAGAAACUCUACAAAGUAUACACGUUUAACUCCGUGAGAAAGUCAAUGAGCACUGUCGUUAAAAUGCCAGAUGGCAGUUUCCGAAUGUACAGCAAAGGUGCUUCUGAAAUUGUUCUGAAGAAGUGUUCUAGAAUCGUUAAUGCAGCAGGUGAGAUUCGUAUCUUCAGACCCCGUGACCGGGAUGAGAUGGUGAAGAAAGUUAUUGAACCCAUGGCCUGCGAUGGACUGAGAACUAUUUGCAUCGCAUACCGGGACUUCAGCAGCAACCCAGAACCAGACUGGGACAGUGAAAAUGACAUUUUAACUGACCUAACCUGCAUUUGUGUAGUUGGUAUUGAAGAUCCAGUAAGGCCUGAGGUUCCAGAAGCCAUAAGAAAGUGCCAGCGAGCUGGAAUUACAGUCCGCAUGGUCACUGGGGACAACAUCAAUACAGCUCGUGCCAUCGCAAUAAAGUGUGGAAUUAUUCAUCCAGGAGAAGACUUUCUCUGCAUAGAGGGAAAGGAGUUUAACAGGAGGAUCCGAAAUGAGAAGGGAGAGAUUGAGCAAGAACGUAUUGACAAGAUCUGGCCAAAACUACGAGUACUUGCUCGCUCAUCUCCCACAGACAAACACACUUUGGUGAAAGGUAUUAUUGACAGCACGCAGGUGGAGCAGAGGCAGGUUGUUGCAGUGACUGGUGAUGGAACCAAUGAUGGACCAGCACUUAAAAAAGCCGAUGUUGGCUUUGCAAUGGGUAUUGCGGGUACUGAUGUUGCAAAGGAAGCCUCAGAUAUUAUCUUGACGGAUGAUAAUUUCAGUAGCAUUGUGAAGGCUGUAAUGUGGGGCCGUAACGUCUAUGAUAGCAUCUCCAAGUUCCUACAGUUCCAACUUACUGUUAACGUUGUGGCUGUGAUUGUGGCUUUCACUGGGGCAUGUAUUACACAGGACUCUCCACUGAAAGCUGUGCAGAUGCUGUGGGUCAAUCUAAUUAUGGACACCUUUGCUUCUCUUGCUCUGGCCACUGAACCCCCUACAGAGUCUCUACUGCUAAGGAGACCAUAUGGCAGAAACAAGCCUCUUAUAUCACGUACCAUGAUGAAGAACAUUCUGGGCCAUGCUGUCUACCAGCUAAUUCUCAUUUUUACGCUUCUCUUCGUUGGUGAAAAAAUGUUUAAGAUUGACAGUGGUCGGAAUGCACCACUCCACUCUCCUCCUUCUGAGCACUACACCAUUAUCUUCAAUACCUUCGUCAUGAUGCAGCUAUUCAAUGAAAUCAACGCACGCAAAAUCCACGGCGAGAGGAAUGUUUUUGAUGGCAUUUUUAGAAACCCUAUAUUUUGCACUAUUGUACUGGGUACAUUUGCUGUACAGAUAGUAAUUGUGCAGUUUGGUGGGAAACCUUUCAGCUGCUCUCCUCUGCAGCUUGACCAGUGGAUGUGGUGUGUAUUUAUUGGACUAGGAGAACUUGUCUGGGGUCAGGUCAUUGCAACCAUCCCAACAAGUAGGCUAAAGUUUUUAAAGGAAGCAGGGCGGCUCACUGAAAAAGAGGAAGUACCUGAAGAAGACCUGAAUGAAGAUGUUGAAGAAAUUGACCAUGCAGAGAGAGAACUUCGACGUGGACAAAUUCUCUGGUUCAGAGGGCUCAACAGAAUCCAAACUCAGAUCGAAGUAGUCAAUACUUUCAAGAGUGGCACUUCCUUUCAGGGGGCUCUAAGGAGACAGUCCUCCGUCACAAGCCAGAACCAGGAUAUCCGCGUCGUGAAGGCAUUCCGUAGCUCUCUCUAUGAAGGGUUAGAAAAACCAGAAUCUAGAACCUCCAUUCACAACUUUAUGACUCAUCCUGAAUUUAGGAUAGAAGAUUCCCAACCCCACAUCCCACUCAUUGAUGACACAGACCUAGAAGAAGACCCUGCUCUCAAGCUAAACUCUAGCCCACCGUCUUCGCUGAACAAGAACAACAGUGCUAUCGACAGUGGAAUAAAUCUUACAACUGACACAAGUAAAUCAGCUACCUCUUCUAGUCCAGGAAGCCCAAUACAUAGCCUGGAGACAUCACUUUAGCUGAAAGUUCACUGCAAAAAAAUAUAUAAAUAAAAACAGCAACAGAAGUAUAUAUAUAUAUAGAUAGAUAGAUAUAUAAAAAACUGUGCUGGCUGAGAAGCUGUUUGAACUCUUAUUCACUUUGUGACAAGUGAAUGAAUUACUGAUCACAGUGGUUUGGGGGAAAGAAUGAAUGGCUGAUUUACAUACCCCUUUUUGCUCCCUUGCAGAAAAACAAAAACAAAGAACCCUCCUGCAUGAAUGUACUGUGCACUUCCAGCCCCCACCCUGCUUUCUCUCACGCGCGCUGUCUCUCUCUCUCUCUCUCUCUUUUUUUUAAGCAGUAAAUGCAGAGAACUUUUUUCUGAGGCUAUUUAUCCAAUUCACUGGUCUGUGAGUUUUUUGAAAUGCUUGUGUGGCAUGGAUUCAGUUGUAUAGAUUAAUUUAAAUAACGUUUUUGAAGUUGCAAAGCUUAACUUGCACAGUAGAUUUGCACCAGUUGGACAGAGAAACUUAAACAAUUAUGAGAUUAU